AUGAGAAGUAACAACCAGAGUUUAUUGGGGACUUUUACUGGGAAUUUCUUCCUUUUGGGGGUCUCUGAUAGACCAUGGCUAGAGCUGCCCCUUUUUGUGAUCCUUCUAAUAUCCUAUGUUCUGGCAGUCCUGGGAAAUAUUGCCAUUAUAUUAGUGUCUCGGCUGGAUCCUCUGCUGAGUAGCCCUAUGUACAUUUUCCUCAGUCAUUUGUCCUUUCUGGACCUUUGCUAUACCACCACUACUGUGCCUCAGAUGCUGUUCAACAUGGGUAGCUCAAAGAAGACUAUCAGUUAUAGUGGCUGCACAGUGCAAUAUGCCAUCUUCCAUUGGCUAGGCUGCACUGAAUGUGUGGUCCUGGCUGCCAUGGCUUUGGACCGAUAUGUGGCCAUCUGUAAGCCUCUCCGCUAUGCAGUCAUCAUGAACCGCCCACUAUGUCAGCAGCUGGUGGGCACUGCCUGGAUCAGUGGAUUUGGAAAUUCUCUGGUUCAAGUUGUACUAACAGUACAACUACCCUUCUGUGGACGGCGGGUGCUGAACAACUUCUUCUGUGAGGUGCCAGCUAUGAUUAAGUUGUCGUGUGCCAACACAUCCAUCAAUGAUGCCACAUUGGCUGUACUGGUAGCCUUCUUUGUGCUGGUGCCCUUGGUCCUCAUUCUUAUCUCUUAUGGCUUCAUUGCCCAAGCUGUGAUGAGAAUCAAGUCCUCCAAGGGGCGGAGCAAAGCUUUUGGGACCUGCUCUUCCCACUUGAUAGUAGUGUCCCUCUUCUAUUUGCCUGCCAUCUACAUGUACCUUCAGCCCCCCUCUAGCUACUCUCAGGAUCAGGGUAAAUUCAUCUCCCUCUUCUACUCCAUCAUCACUCCUACCCUCAAUCCCUUCAUCUAUACCCUCAGAAACAAAGAUGUGAAGGGGGCACUGAGAAGGCUUUGGGAAAGGAGUUGGAGACUGUUUCAGAGGUAAGCAACACCAUAGAAUAGGUAUUUGAGAUUCAAUAUAAAUUUAUAUAUUGCCUUCUGCAGGAAUGUUUAAAAACUCUUGAAGUUGUUAAGGAUUCCUAUAGAAAGAUCAAAAUUCUUAGUGUAAAGGACUGGAGACAUCAUUCUCCAAU